AAAACAAUUCCUUUUCAUUUGACGUGACCCACACGGGCACGUUUUUGUUUAUAUUUUCAUUAAUAAAAACACCAUGGCCAAGUCUAUCAGAAGUAAAUGGAAGCGGAAAUGCAGGGCCAUAAAGCGGGAAAGGUAUGCCGUGAAAGAACUAGCCAGAUUGAAGAAGACCCUGGGAAUAAAGGACGAUGAAAGCAAACCUGCGGAAAGUGAGGUUAUGGAGGCUGACCAGAAUGAAGAACAAGUGAUUUUCUUGGACGCUGGCGAGGUCACAAAGAAGGCCAAAAGCAAGAAGAAGAAGGUCGAGGCCGCAGCGGAAGAAGAAGAAGACGAGGCAAUGAGUUCUGACGACGAGAAAGUCCAAGUGGCAGAUGAGGAUGGCAAAAAACGAGUAUUCAGCAGCAAAACACUCAAAGAUGAAAAUGGACAGUACCCCGUGUGGCUUCACAAGAGGAAAAUCGCCAAAAUGAACAAUACAAUCAAGAAAAAAAUAAAGAAAAGGUCAAAGAAACGAAGGCGCUAGUUUAGUUUUAAUUUCUCUUGUGAAUAAAUUUAAGUUUAAAUUCAA